AUGUUUUAUGAUUUGGUGCAAGAUAAAAACUGGGAGUUUGCGACGACACCCUUUGAGGAUUUUAAUGCCACCAAAGAACAGCUAUUCCAAGCGUUUGUGCACUGGUCUCGCAAGAGUGGAGAUGACGGAGAAGCAGCAACAACUUACAAUCCUUCCAAGGCACUGCGAUGUUUGGAAGCGUACGUGGAAUGGAUGGAUAAGAAUUGCCAGGAUAUGAAUCUCAAGGGAAGCACCAUGGUCGAGAUUGCUGAAAAAUUGAAAACAAAAAUCACACACGACAAGAAAGGACGACUCGUUUGGUGGUUUGAUAUUGGUGGCUUAGUUCUCAAAGAUAUCAAAAAGAAUGUACCUCCUGAAGAUACGCUCCGUUUUUUUGUCUGGAUGUCACACUUGGUCCUUUUUGACAAGGGGUCACAGGAAAAUGGAUUUGUCUUUGUCGAGGCAUUCGGAAGAAACACGGGUAUGAUGGAGAUGUUCACUGUCGUGACCAUGGACUUGAGUACCAAAUUGGAUCGGUUGACCAUUGGAAUUCUGCCAGUCAAGAUGGAGAAAUGUUUUAUUUACGACAAUCCGACUUGGAUUCGCGUCAUGAUGGCCUUGCUGUCACCAUUUCUUACGAAGAAAAUGAAGCAGCGAAUCGUUUCGAUUCCCAACAAGGCAAACCCCAUGGAAUUUUUGGAAGAAGAGGUUGGAAAAGACAAUAUUCCCGUUGGAGUCACACACCUCGAAGGGACUGUGGAGAAAGAUUUGGUGGCACAAACUCUGGAACGGCUGACGAGUGUGAUCACUGAUGAGGUUGAAACCUAG